AUGGCAUCUUUUCCCCAGAACAACAGGACGUACCAGAUCCUUGAGGCGGCUAGGACAGGAGGCUACGCAGUCGGCGCGUACAACUGUUAUAAUGAUGACGGUGUUAUCGCUGUCAUUCGAGCAGCUGAGGCGUGCAAGUCGCCUGCCAUUAUCCAAGUCUUCCCAUGGACGAUGCGAUUCCAAGGCCCGGAGUUCGUCAAGUACGUGAUUGGCGCCGCGCACGCCGCGAAAGUUCCGAUCGCGGUCCAUCUCGACCACUGUAUCGAACCGGAAGACGUCAAGGCGGCGCUUGAGCUUCCCUUCGACUCUAUUAUGGUCGAUGCCUCAAUCCACGACGAAGCCGAGAAUGCCCGGCAGUGCAAAGAGAUUGUGCAGAUCGCGAACGCCAAGGGCAUCGCGAUCGAGGCUGAGAUGGGCCGGCUGGAAGGCGGCGAGGAUGGUCUGCCUACAGUCGAUCUCGAGACGAUUUUUACACGACCCGAGCUUGCGAGAGAUUUCGUGAAAGAGACAGGAGUGCAAUUCCUAGCCCCGUCUUUUGGAAACAUCCACGGAAAUUACGGUCCUGGUGGCCCGGAGAAAUAUUGGAGAUUGCCUCUGCUCAACGACAUUCACAAUGCCAUCCCCGACAUUACCCUCGUCUUGCAUGGAACCCACGGUGUGUCUGACGAGCAAUUCAGGACCGCCAGAAAGCAUGGCAUGGUCAAAAUCAACCUGAACAGAACGGUCCGCGACGAGUACACAGACUUUAUCGCAGAGAAUGCGGGCAAGCUGGAGCUUACCGUUCUGAAAAUGAAGGGCGCGGAAGUUUAUGCCAAGUCUAUUGAGCGGGUGAUGAGGGAUGUGCUGUACUCAGCUGGCAAAGCAUAG